AUGAGUAAAAUUCAUCCUCAAACACUUUCUACUUCUUCUUCUUCUUACAUAACAUCAUCAAUGCCCGAAUCAUUCACAAUAUGGAUGAAAUCUUUAGUUUUCAACACUCACGGAUGUACGGUCUAUAACUCGAAAGGUGAUAUCGUCUAUCGGGUCGAUAAUUACGACAACAAAUGUGGACAUGAAGUAUACUUGAUGGAUAUUCGAGGCAAAGUUCUCUUUUCCUUACAACAAAAGAAAUUACGAUUAUUUGGAUGUUGGGACGGAUACAAAUGGGACGAUUGUAGUUUGGAGAAACAACUUUGGUUUCGAGUACGAAAACAUCGUAGUAUUUGUAUGGCUUCAUGUGAUCGUAAAACAAGAGGAUGCACAUACAAGGUUGUUAGAUUGGAUGGAAAAUUGUUGGGAUUCAAGAUUAUAGAUGAAGAUCGAGAUGGUGCACUUGUCGCGGAGAUUAAACAAAAACAAACAACGACGGGGAUUAACUUUGGAAAUGAUGUAUUUACGUUAAUAGUUCAACCACAUAUUGAUCAUUCAUUGAUCAUGGCAAUUGUCAUGGUUUAUGGGUUGAUAAACAAUCAAAUGUGA